AUGGCGAGCCAGGAUCAAAACAGUCUCGAAAGCGAGCACGGCAUAUCCUUAUUGCACGAGAAAAUAUUGCAAGAGAACAAGCACAACCUCUUUGCUCUGACCCAGCCAUCGCAGAGGCCAAACGAUGCGCCAAAUGCUCACCCUCGCCCUCGCCACUUAUCCAACACAAAGAUUCAGCGGAUGAGACCGUCGUCCACCGCUCCUGCCGUGUCAACCGUCCUGGACAUGGACUCGACAGAUCAACAACAUGCUACUCCUUCGCUAGUCAAGCACACCACAUUCCAUGGCUUUCCUCUUCCGCUUGACCUCGAUGGCGACACUCAACCAAUGCCCUCGCAGUUCUACAAGAACUUCACCAGCGGUCUUGGAACUGAAGACAACACUCAACUUGACGAUGAGACCGCCCCAGACACCGAACAAGAGACGCCUCAGAUCGAUUUGAUGCAACACUGGCAACGACCCACCUACCACGAGCUCUCUAGCGACGAAGAAGAGGAGAGAGACGAAGGGCAGUACUUUUUGAGUUCCGUCGCAAGGCCUACCUUUCCCAAAACUCCCGCAACUGCUGGCCGCAAACGCAACCACCGAGGAGAUGUUAUACCUUCUACCACGAGCACAAAAACACCAGGUUCGGGCGGUAUGUCAGCUUUCGCUUUUGGCAAUGCUCCGCCCUUGACCAGCACUCAGCUGUUCCAAGCUACACAAUCGCCUUCAAGCCCGGUCCCCGAUGUUCCAAGGAGCGACCCAGUAUUGAGCCGACCAAGUCCCAACAUCAGACAGAGUUCGCCUGGACAGAAUCUGGCUUUCUCUUCGCCUUUGAAGGGUUUGGCACACAGCCCCAGUCGAUCAGUCAACAUGGCAGGCAGAUUGAGCAGGCCAGGUACAAGAGACGGUCUUUUUCAGAACAACAAUUCCCUCAUGGCUGGGCUCGAGAACAGAGGCGAGAACGAAUGGGAAUAUCAUGACCGUGAAGGAGUCAGCCUGGAUGACGAUGUCCAUGACAGCCCAGGGAGCGAGUCGAUGGAUGAGUACGACGAGUUUGCGCAGUCAAUAAGAAUCAGUCAGCGACAAGCGUCGUCUUCACCUCAACCCGACCAGUCCGACGAAGAGAAUGACCAGGUCGAGUCUUCAAGCCGUACCUCGACACAUUCCAGUCAGCACAACCUGGAUAUCGACAUGCUCAACGCCUCCCUCCCAUCGGGUCGUCAACAGAGCUCACACCAGUUACCAACCACACAGAUGCUAGGCCAAGAUGCUGACCCUUCUGAUUAUGCUGUUGCCGAUUCACAGCCCACUCGACAUGACGAGACUCAACUCCCACCUCCUCUAGUCGAGCCUUCUUCCAUGUCAUCUUUUGUUCCUGGCUCUUAUCCCCUGAGCCAAACAACACAGCGCUUGAACGCCUUGAAGCGCGAUGCUGCAGACUCAUCAUCCAUCCCAAAGCCUCCACCGACAACUAGCCAAGUUGCUCCUCACACCCAGAACCGUCUACCGAGUAGUCCUCCUCAACUCCCUGUCGUGUCUGAAGAGAUCGAACAAGAAGAGGCUUUGGAGUUGUUGGACCAGUCUCGACCCCACGAUGGCCGUAAAGGCGUAUCAUCACCAUUGCCAGAGACACGACCCGCUCCUUCUCAGAGGACUAAGGAAUUGAGAGAAGUUGAGCACAAUCAAAGCUCUGCUGUUCCCGACACCGACCCAGCAGACGAGAAUCGUUCUUCCGAUCAACAUCAAAAUCCCCCUAUCGAUGCAACAAUCAGACAGCAAUCGCUUUCGAAAUCGAAUGCGAGCACAGACAAGGAUGUCUCUCUUGCUGUUCCUAAUACUUCGCAAUUUGAGAAGCAUCGUGCGAGCCAGUUGCAGACUCAAAGUCAAGUUCAAAGUUCAUUGUCGAGUACUGAAAGUCCGCGCAAGGCCGCUGGCAUCCUCAACUUUGCAGAUAUCGCCACAGAUCCUACACCUCCCAACGCUGUUUCUAACAAGGACCUCGACAUGAAUAUCGAUAUACUCUCGAACGACGAUCACGAUUUCAUGGACAUCAUGACAUCGCCACCUGCGAAGAAGAUGCGCCUCUAUGGAAAGAAAGCAACAGUGUUGGGAAGGACGAGGUCCAAGGCAGACGACAAAAGCCCGGCCAAGCCGCAAGCUACCAUCAAAAGUCCGGUCAAAUCCGUUGCCAGGACGGUCACCUUUCAUGACAAUAUUGUACCAGAAGACAAGCAUGACAAUGUCGCUGAAGUUGCCAUAAAUACUGCGGACUCUCCCCAACCCGCCAAUCAGCCUGAAUUGAAACAUUCAGAGACAGCAAGCACCAUUGAUCCCAACUCGCAAACUCAUGAGCCGGUCGAAACACCACUCACAAAGUCACCGGAAGAAACUCACAAGCCCUCGACGGGACGGGUUGUUGCAGAAUUGCCAAACAGAGCUGGCGACACAAUGCAAGUCGAAGCGGCGAUAGACGUUGGAAAGCAAAAAGAUAGUGUACAUCCACGUCAACCCACGCCAACUGAGGACCAAGGUCAAUCGACACCACCUUCUGCUAGGAAACGAGAGCAAGCUUGUGCAUCUGCGGCGACAAAGGCACGCGAGACCAUGCUAGCUCGUAACUCAGUCGAAGUAAAAACUCCCAUUAACAAGGGCAGUCCAGGAAAACUCGUACGGCCAAAACGGAGGAUGUCCGAACAAAGUCCAUUGCGAACGCCUUUCUCCAAAAGGCACGAGACUGUAAAGGCACCAAGGUCAAAGCUUUCACAUGCGCAGCGCAUCUCACCAAAUAGUUGUCCCCAACAAGAAAGAGCGAUGGCGCCAGCAGAUUCUGUUCUCCAGGCCGAGGCUGCUUCGGAAACUCCAACGACUUUGACUGAGCAAGCAGACGUUACCACUGACGUGUCUAUGACUGACGCCGCUUCAGAGCAGAACAAUAGCCAUGAUGAGACUAUCGCACCAAGCGCUGAAGUCACUCAACCUGACAGAGUCUUGGCUCUGUUCAAAGGUACUGGACAAGCAUACUACCCAGCUACAUGCCUGGGGGCAGCAACCCUUGAUGGCCUCAAACUACGCAUUAGGUUCGAUGAUGGCACGAUCACUCAGCUUGAUUCAUUCUUAGUACGCCGCCUUGAUCUGCGACGUGGUGACCAGGUUAAGGUUGAUUUGCAAGGCAUGCGUAGUAAAAUUUAUGUCGUCGUUGGCUUUCAGGACAGAGUUGAGAACGCUGAGCCUGAGUCUUAUCCCAAGACUGAUGUUCAUGGGUUUGAGACAUUGCAGCUGGUGGUCAAAGAUCGAGAUAGUGUAUCGGCACUGCCUCGAGAAGGAUCUGCAACAUUGCUGAGAGUGCCUAUCACAAGCGCCUACCUUACACAAACGAUGUGGGUUCGUUUCGAAGGUAGAAACUACCUUCCUUCCACAGCAAGCAUGACAACCAUUGCUACUGGACAUUCAUCACGUCCGCAGACACCAGUGCCUCAGAACACUACUCUCGCAACGCCAGCCUCGAGAUCUAGAAGAGGCACGGUGACUUCGAUACAUACAUCAACAAUUGCUUCAGUGCGGGCUCUGGCACGACCAGAGUUUGCCUCGCCACUUCCAAGUCGUCGUGGGAUGUUCUCUGGUAUGGCUUUUGCAGUAUCUUACAGCGCAGACUCACCUGAGAAGAAUCGCGUUCUCGAGCUUAUCCAAGCUCACGGUGGUCUGACAUUAGAGAAGGGCUUUGACGAACUUUUUUCCGUCAAGGACCUCGACGACUUCCCUGAGGAUACGCACGCAGUAUCAUCCUCUGCGACUAAUGAUACUGAUGCCUUGGUUCUCUCGACUCGUGCUCAAACUCUAGGCUUCGUCGCUCUGAUUGCAGACAAGCAUUCUCGUAGAGCCAAAUAUGUCCAAGCGCUUGCACUUUCACUGCCGUGUCUGUCAGGCCGCUGGAUUCUCGACUCGAUUGCUUCAGCGACACCUCUACCCUGGACUAAAUAUCUCCUCCCAGCUGGAGAAUCUGCAUUCCUCUCUGGUGCAGUGCGCAGCCGUACUCUCUCGCCUUAUCUCCCGACCACGACUAAGCUAGCACAAACUAUUCAAGAUCGAGAAAAACUACUCCAAGGCGGUAGAGUUCUUCUGGUCAACGCAGGAGCAGGCGGCAGAAAAUGGGAAGCCAGACGUGCUUACGCGUUUCUGACCGUCGCUCUGGGUGCUAGUGUCGUCCGCAGAGUUUCUGGUCUUGACUCUGCCAAGCGCAUUCUCGACGCAGAAGAUGGAUGGGAAUGGGUGUACGUCGAAGGCGCCAUCGAAGAAGCAGAAAAUAUGCUCUUCCGAGAUGGUAGUGUCGAAGGCACAGGCAUUGCGAAGAAGGGACGCAAGAGGAAGAGAGAGGAUGAAGGGAAAGAGAAGAUGGUCGCGAUUGGCCGUGAUGGAAAGGUCAAGAUCGUUGGCGAUGAGUUCAUAGUGCAGAGUUUGAUUCUGGGCGACUUGAUGCUGCCUUCGAGUGGCGCUACCACCAAUUAG